UUGAACGGAAACUACAACUCCCAAGAGGCCGUGCGGCCAAAGACACACGAGAACUACGGAGCGAGAGUCUCGCGCAGCAAACUGCCGCUCUCGCAAGUCUCGGGCUGCCCUUGGCGCUGCCGAUCCCAGAAGUUGCUGCAUUCAGGCGUUCGCCGACGACAGCCCAGCGUGGGGCGGGGUUACGUGGAGGGGGCCUGAUUGGGAGUCGGCGCAGGCGCAGUCCGCGCGGGUUCUGCACGCAGAACGGGUGAUAUCGGGGAGCGAUGGACGACGAGGAGGAGACAUACCGGCUCUGGAAAAUCCGCAAGACCAUCAUGCAGCUGUGCCACGACCGUGGCUACCUGGUGACCCAGGACGAGCUUGACCAGACACUGGAGGAGUUCAAAGCCCAAUUUGGAGACAAGCCGAGUGAGGGGCGGCCGCGGCGCACUGACCUCACCGUGCUGGUGGCCCACAACGAUGACCCCACCGACCAGAUGUUUGUGUUCUUUCCAGAGGAGCCCAAGGUGGGCAUCAAGACCAUCAAGGUGUACUGCCAGCGCAUGCAGGAGGAGAACAUCACGCGUGCCCUCAUCGUGGUGCAGCAGGGCAUGACACCCUCCGCCAAGCAGUCCCUGGUCGACAUGGCCCCCAAGUACAUCCUGGAGCAGUUUCUGCAGCAGGAGCUGCUCAUCAACAUCACGGAGCACGAGCUGGUCCCUGAGCACGUCGUCAUGACCAAGGAGGAGGUGACAGAGCUGCUGGCCCGAUAUAAGCUCCGAGAGAACCAGCUGCCCAGGAUCCAGGCGGGGGACCCUGUGGCGCGCUACUUUGGGAUAAAGCGUGGGCAGGUGGUGAAGAUCAUCCGGCCCAGCGAGACGGCGGGCAGGUACAUCACCUACCGGCUGGUGCAGUAGCCGCCACCUGACAGCCCCUAGAGGCAGACACACCAGACAAUGACCCCCAUCCCUGUAGGACGAACGCCCCUGCCCUGCCAGAGUCCAGCCCCCCAGCACUCAGGCUGCUGCUCCUCUGGACUCCCCAAGGCAGGUGGCCUUGACCCAAGUUCUCCCGUACUGGAGUGAGGCCCAGCCGGCCCCAUUCACCUGUGGAUUUGUGCAAGAUGCAGCCUCAGAAGAGACAAGGCCCCCGAGGGAGGUCACCUGGGGGCAGCUGGUGCUGGCCCUCUGUUGGGGGUUUGGGGUCCCGGUCUCCCACCAGCCACUGCUUCCUCCCGGGCUCUCAGCCUUCUACCCCUUGUCUUCCCUCCCUCGGGGGCCCUGAUGCGUGGUGCCCCCCCAGCUUCUUACUCCCAGUCACAGCCGUGCGUGCCCUCAAGCCACCAGGGUGCGGGCUUCGGGCUCUGGAGUUUUCAGUUGUUGUAGGAGGUUGGGUGUUUUCAAACGUUAAAGAUGUUUUGAGCAAAUGAACUUGCUUGAUAGGAAAACCAGGCC